GUCUAGCCCAGUGGCAUCUAAAUUGUUGUCUUCCUAAUGAUAUUUAGAUUCAAUGGGCCCCACUUAUGUUCUUUUCUGAGCAAAUAUCUUCCAUUCAGUGAUGACUUAUCCUGCAUAUAUUCUACAUCCUCUUGUGCUGUAGUGCCACAUCUGUUCUUUUCUGCAUUAUCUGUUUAGCUCAGGUUUUUGUGUAGAAAUGGAGAGUGAGUUGGUAAGACGCAGAAUUGACAUGAUAUCAGCGCACUUUGCACCCAGUGAUGAGAUUUCAACCACCCAUGUUCUGCCUUUGAACUGCAGUGGUAGUAUGAACUCUGUGCUUUCGAGACGUGAUAAUAAGGUGUAUUUUGCACGCCAAGCAUCUGCUUCUUUUGGUUAUUUUAUGAGGCAGGCUUCAGUUAAAGAGGGCGACUCAACUACUUUCAUUGCUCCUAAAAUCCAUGGUGGUAAAUCUGAAGGGCCUUCUAAUUCAAGAGCACCAUGUUUUGCUAGACCUGCAAGGACAGAACCAAUGACUAAGGUGCAGGGGGGUGAUUCUAGUUCAAUUGAGCCUCCUAAAUUUUCUAGGCCAAGCAAACAGAUUGGACAAAGAAACCAGUUAAAUUAUAAGAAAAACUCAUGCCAUCCUGAUACUGGAACUGUGUGGUCUCCAAGGAUGGAUGUUGUAGAAUCAGAAGGCAAAUAUGUUAUCGCAGUGGAAGUUCCAGGUGUCAGUAUCAAUGACAUAAGAGUGGAGGUUGAUGAUCAAAAGUUGUGUGUCAAAGGAAGGCGCUCUACUAGCUAUUUGAGAGUUGCAGGUUGUCCAAAAACUUCAUCAUUUUCUUCAUAUCACAAAAGAGAGAUACUACAUGGACCAUAUGAGGUGGUUUGGUCUCUUCCACCUGGUGUGAACAUGGAUAAUAUAUCAGCUGAAUUUUCGGAUGGAUUUCUACAAAUUAUAGUUCCUAAAGUUUCAGUAUGAAUAAGCAAUAUUAGUAAUAGACUUAUAGCAUAUUAUGUAUACGUACCCCAUGCAUUUGCCAUAGAUGUAGCAGAAAUGUCCAUUGUUCCUUCUGUGUAAGCUACGUCCUGUCCUAUAUAUAAUGUAAUGGACAAAUGAUGGGGGUUAGUUUUGAUAUCAUGCACAACUAUAAUGUUGAACAAAAUUGUACAUGCAUAGUGAUUCGUGACAUACACUCAUGUCUCGAUCCCCUUUCAAAAGCUAUAAAUGGAUGAAAAAUGAUUCCUGAACCACUAUACAGUAGAAACACCCCUAAACACCCAUUUUCCUGCGGAUUUUGCUUCGGAUCUCUAAUUUAGGAAUUUCAAUUUUACACGGUUCUGUGCUUUAUGGUUACUCAUGUGUAUUUAGGUGGUUAGUUCAGUGUAUUAUUUGGCCAAAUCCCUAAUUUAGGAAUUUCAAUUUUACACGGCGGUUAUUUAACCGCCGCAAAAUCAUUACCUGCGAAAAUUCGUUCGAAAAUAGUACUUUCCUGCGGAUUUUCUUACAAAUUUUACCUUCAAAUUUUUCCGAUGCAAAAUCCGUAGGAAAAAGGGGUGUUUAGGGGUGUUUCUACUGUAUAGUGGUUCAAGAAUCAUUACUGAUAAAUGGAUUAAGAAUAAAUUAAGAGCAAUGCUCCGCUUAAAGAUGAAAAAUGUAACUAGACUUUUUUUUUUCUUACAAAGAUGAACGUUUACCUUUCCUUCAAUUGGACCAAGCCCAAACUAGGUACAAGUCUUAGCCUAUAGUGUCACUAAUCUUUUGUUAUGAAUGACUCAUAAUAGGAUGGGUCACUCAAAGAGUGAAUCACCAUUUUGGUCCCUAAGAAAGUAUGCGCCGGUCAUAGUAGUCCCUAAAAAUUAUUAAUGGUGAAAAAAAUUCCUGAAAGUGUUGAUGUCGGUCAUAGUAGUCCCUAUCUAUGUUUGGUCGUUAGUCCCUGGGACGGAAAAGUGACCUGGUCACUUAAAUUGACACAUGCUGAUCCACGUGGCAGCCAUGUAAUAUAUAAUAAUAAUAAAUAUUAAAAAAAAACUCUAACCCUAAAUUACUCUUCAUCAUCUCACUGUCUUCAUCAUCUCAUCAACACCACACUAGAACCAACAUGAAUCAGCACCACCAUCUCCCUUCGCCGUCAAGCCCGAUCAUUCCACCAUCGCUUCCCCUCCAUCUAGAUCGCACCACCACCGUAUCUCCCCUCCUCUUGGAUCACGCCGCGCAGCCACUACCUCUCCCUGGCCUAAUCGCGCCGCCACCUUCAUCACCACGACCUUAAUCGCGCUCAGCCACCCCCUCUCUUCCCAAAUCAAUCCCCUUCACCACCGAUAUGAAGCUUUUCUCACCAAACAUUGAAAACCCAACAGAUCAGGUGCGACACUCUGAUUUCAUCACAUCGGUUUCCUCUUCAUGAAAUCGACUAGGAGGUGAGAUCCAGUAAGGAUUUCGACCCAGCGGCAUGAUGUAUCGGAUCUGGUACAGGUGCAAGCUUGUUGGUUUCUGGGGAUUUAUGGGCUUUUUGAAGUUGUUGGUUGUUGAAGGUCUGCUCCUCCUUUCUUUGGAUCUGGUACAGAAGAAAGAGCACGAUUUGAAGAGAGGGUUAGGGUUUGUUCUUUGGUUCUAGUACAGAAGAAAUACCCAGAAGUGAAUCUUUUCUCCUUCUGCGGUUUGGAUCUCCAUUUUCUGCUAAAGUUUGGAACUUUGGAACUCUGAAUAUGGAUUGCUCUUGGUGUUUUUUGUCUCCGUGCUGCGUUAAGCUCUUUGAAGUUAACUUUGACAAGGGGGCUACUUGGGCAUAUGAGUUUGGCUCACAAUCAAUGGUUUGAGGAUCUUAAUCCUCCUUGUCAGAUGCUAGUGGAGGUAGUGACUGAUGGUUUAUAAAAUUUUAAAAUUGUUUGUCCUUAAUAUAUUUUCAUGAUAAAUAUUUAAUUUGUUUGUUUGGUUACUCUUGACAUAUGCUUUGUGAGUAACGAGGUUUCUUUCUGGAAAUGGGUUUAGUUUUUGUUA